AUGGAGCCGUUGACAGGGACCUUGAGUCCUUCCGAAUCCACCCGGUAUUCCAGGAACGAAUCCCUGGGUCACACGACCUGGUCAUCAGAAGAGCACGGCCACACCUACUUGUCGCUGCUCAUUUGUGGGCCCGGAGUCACUGGGAAGGGGCUCCUGAUACUGCUUCUCGCCUUGUACAAGAGGAAGCUGUUCACCGCCCACGUUCUGCACCUGGCUGUCGCCGACCUCGCGGUCCUGCUCGGCUCGUCCACCUUCCAGCUGGGCGAUGACACCCUGCUGAGCUACCGUCCUUCUCACGACCUUCGGCUACAAUGCGGCCCGCUGUGGCACGCUGCUGGGGCACUUUCCGUGCUGGCAUCAGGGCUGGAAAACUUCUGCCUCCUGGCGCCAGAGCUGCGAUUCCCACAGUGCUGGUGCGUGUCCGCCCUUUCCUGCUUGACCUUCCUUGUCAUCGUCCCUCUCUUGAUCUUCUCCAACUUGAUCCUCUCCGUCCAAGGCUGCUGCCAGGUCAAGGUGCACCAACCGACCAAGCUCUCCGUGAUCACCAUGGCCACCGUGGCCUUGUUUCUGGUCUUCGCCCUGCCCAGGAAGGUCCUGUUCAUUACCGUCUACUACUCCAACACCAGCGAUGAGUCCGUGUGGAAACGCUUUCCCCAUCCGAACAUGCCGUCCACUAUCAGUUGCAGUGCGAAUCCCGACGUCUACUUCAUGGUCGGUGGUCUCAGGAGAAAGUCCCUGAAAGAAGCGCUACUGAGGGUCUUUGAAGAAAAGCCAGGGCCAAGUUCGGGUGGGAACGCUGCCCUUUCCUCUCCGACCUCAAUGUCCUUGAGGGCAGUGAUGCUGUUCUGA